UCAUCGGCCUGAAGCGGAAGUGGCGGCAGGAUGAAGAUGAGCUGUCGGAGGAGCAGAGGAGCCUGUCAGGUGUUCUUGAAAACACUGUAGAAACCAGAACACUGACAGUUUUAUCGGGGCAGACAUGAAGACGGUGUUCGUGACGGUCGGAACCACGAGCUUCGAUGAGCUCAUUGAACGCGUCACGACGUCAGAGGCCGUUCAGGCUUUAAAGGCUCGUGGUUAUGAGCGUCUGGUUCUUCAGGUUGGAAGAGGGUCUCUUCUUCCAGAUGCUGACAGCUGUCCGCACGUCAGGCUGGAGGCGUUUCGAUUCAAAGACUCUAUCGCUGAAGACAUCAAGCAGGCGGACCUCGUCAUCAGCCAUGCAGGGGCAGGAAGUUGUAUGGAGACGCUCGGUGCAGGCAGGCCUCUGCUGGUCGUAGUCAAUGACAAGCUGAUGGACAACCACCAGCUGGAACUGGCCAGACAGCUACACAUGGACUCACACCUGUUGUACUGCACAUGCAGCACCCUGACAGAAACACUGAGGACCAUGGACCUCUCUGUUCUCAAGCCCUUCAUUCCCGGACAGCCGAAGCAUUUUGCAAACUUCCUCGACAAAGCUCUCGGCGUUCAGUGAGACUUUGAUUUCACAGGACUGCUUAUUUUAUGUUACACUAAAGUUUGAUGAUGUUUCAGUAGAUUGUGAUACUCGGUUCUCGCAUUGCAGCUUUUUUCUAUUUUUGUAUGUAAUGAUAAUAUAUCUCUUAAUCUCACA